AUGCCUACUGAACUUGAAGAGCUCGUCGAGUUCCUCCACCAUGGAAACACCCAGAUCCGUCAGAUCGCGGUCGAAAACCUCGUCGGCUUCUCGACAGCUCAACCCUCCCUCUUCAAAUACCAAGACCUCACACCCAUCAAAGACAUGAAGCUUCUCGUGCGCGACUACCCUCCCAUCGCCAAAAACGUCCUCACAAUCCUCGUAAACAUUUCCUCAGACGAGCAAAUCCUAAAAGCUUUGGCCGAAGACGACCAAUUUCUCGAAAUCUUGUACUCGCGCAUCACAAACGCCAAAGAGGAAAAUGCAGACGAGAUGGCCAUGUUGCUAGCCAACCUGACAAAACACGACCACCUCAAAACCCUGUUAACUGUCAAGCGCGAAGUCCCAAACCCGCUGUCUACAUCUCCAUUCGCCAUUGAUCAGUUAUUGGAUUUGUUCGUCAAGGGUCAAGAAGGGAGUUACAACCCCAAAGCCAAUUUCGACUACUUGUGCUACGUGUUUGCGGAUAUCUCAAAGUACGAGGAGGGAAGAAAGCAUUUCUUGACUCCGCGCGAGGAAGAUGAAAAUAUUGUUCCGCUGUCGAAAUUGAUUGUGUUUACAGAGCACAAGUCGACGAUUAGAAGGAGGGGUGUGGCGUCUACGAUCAAGAAUGCUGCUUUCGAUACAGAUGCGCAUGCAAAGAUGUUGGAGACAGAUGAGACCAGUGGUGGUUUGAACAUUCUGCCUUACCUCUUACUGCCUUUGAUGGGUCCUGAGGAGUAUGAAGACAAAGACAUGGAUCGCAUGCCUGAGGAACUGCAGCUUCUGCCUCCGGACAAGACUCGCGAGCCUGAGACCGAUAUCCAAAUCAUUCACCUGGAAACUCUGCUUUUGCUUACCACAACAAGAGAAGGCAGAGAUUUCAUGAGGGAGAAGAAUGUGUAUGCGGUCAUCAGAGAAUUGCAUUUGCACACUGAGAGCCCCGAUGUGCAGGAGGCUUGCGACAGAGUGGUGCAAAUUAUUGCAAGAGACGAGGAAGGUGAAGGCGAAGAGCCACCGCAACCGCCAAAGAUCCAGGAGCUUGAUGAAGAGGAUGAGUUGGUUGAAGUUGCAUAG